CUGUCAGAAUGGACCUUCAUCGUGUGGCCCUGCUGUGCAGCUUUUUCUGCUUUGCGCAGGUUUGGUCCUUGCCAACAAACUGCAUCCUUCGUAAUGACUUACUGAAGAGAUCUUAUACACUGAUAGAGACCGCGGGGGGAUUUUUCCCCGUGCAGUGCCUGAAGGAAAAUGUUGCCAUACCUUUCCCGCAAGAUGCGUUCGAGUCUGACAACACGGAUCAGGUUACUGGUGUUGAAAAGGCUGUUUACCAGACACUUGAAAGUAUUGACGCUUUGUUUGAGAACUACAAUGAUCCAGACCAGUGGGAUGCACAGAAGUGGACUGAGUUUCGAGGCCUCCUGUACCGCCAGAUUACGGACAGCAAAUGCAUCAUGAGCAAGUCUGUAGCUGCACAGGAUUUCGCCAACAGAGAAGCUUCACUCAAGGUUUACUUCCAGACUUUAUCCUCAACUCUGAAAGAAAAGGAUUUCAGUUUUUGCGCAUGGGAAAUUGUCAGAAAAGAGAUUGUCCGCACUCUGAAGUUCAUACUGGAUCACAACCACGACAUCAUGUUAUAAGUUUUCAGAUUUAUAAGUUAGUCCCUAUUUAUUGAUU